CUACUGAUUUUUCUACCUUGCUUUCGAUCUCCAUUUCAAGUUGGAAGAGAUCUCUUCGCCGUUAACUGGAAUUUCCCCUCACUCACUCUGAUCUCUAGGGCUUCUUCAUUCACGAAUUUCUGAUUCACUCAAUUCAUCCACAAAGUUCCGUUUACGAAAAUGCCUCUGAGGUUGGAGAUUAAGAGAAAACUUGCUCAAAGAUCGGAAAGGGUAAAGUCAGUGGAUCUACAUCCUUCCGAGCCAUGGAUAUUGGCAAGUUUGUAUUCAGGGACUGUAUGCAUCUGGAACUACCAGACCCAGACAAUGGCUAAAUCAUUCGAAGUUACUGAAUUACCAGUUAGGUCAGCGAAGUUUAUACCACGCAAGCAAUGGGUUGUUGCUGGUGCCGAUGACAUGUUUAUUCGUGUUUACAAUUACAAUACCAUGGAUAAAGUCAAAGUAUUCGAGGCACACACAGAUUAUAUUAGGUGUGUGGCUGUCCAUCCUACUCUACCAUAUGUGCUGUCAUCAUCUGAUGACAUGCUAAUAAAGCUCUGGGAUUGGGAGAAGGGAUGGUUAUGCACUCAAAUAUUUGAAGGUCAUUCCCAUUAUGUGAUGCAAGUCACCUUUAAUCCGAAAGACACCAAUACUUUUGCUAGUGCAUCUCUUGAUCGGACUAUAAAGAUUUGGAACCUUGGCUCUCCUGAUCCAAAUUUCACGCUGGAUGCUCAUCUUAAAGGGGUUAACUGUGUAGACUAUUUCACCGGGGGUGAUAAACCUUAUCUAAUUACUGGUUCUGAUGAUCACACUGCUAAGGUGUGGGACUAUCAGACAAAAAGUUGUGUUCAGACUCUUGAAGGCCACACUCACAAUGUCUCUGCUGUAUGUUUUCAUCCCGAGCUUCCGAUUAUAAUUACAGGUUCUGAAGAUGGUACUGUUCGUAUAUGGCACUCAACCACUUAUAGACUUGAGAACACUUUGAAUUAUGGUCUUGAAAGAGUAUGGGCAAUUGGUUACAUGAGAAGUUCAAGGAGGGUUGUAAUUGGUUAUGAUGAGGGAACCAUCAUGGUGAAACUUGGUCGAGAAGUACCUGUUGCCAGUAUGGAUAACAGUGGAAAAGUUAUUUGGGCUAAGCACAAUGAAGUUCAGACUGUUAACAUCAAGAGUGUAGGGGCAGAUUAUGAGGUUGCUGAUGGAGAAAGACUGCCUUUGGCUGUCAAGGAAUUGGGAUCCUGUGACCUCUACCCACAAAAUUUGAAGCAUAAUCCAAAUGGAAGGUUUGUGGUUGUUUGUGGAGAUGGAGAAUAUAUCAUAUAUACUGCUCUGGCUUGGAGAAACAGGUCGUUUGGCUCAGCUCUGGAAUUUGUUUGGUCUUCGGAUGGAGAAUAUGCUGUGAGGGAAAGUACUUCAAAGAUUAAGAUUUUCAGCAAAAGUUUCCAGGAGAAGAAGAGCAUCCGACCUACUUUCUCUGCUGAGCACAUCUAUGGGGGUACUUUAUUGGCAAUGUGCUCAAAUGAUUUCAUUUGUUUCUAUGAUUGGGCUGAGUGCAGGUUGAUACGGAGAAUUGAUGUUAAUGUCAAAAAUCUAUACUGGGCCGACAGUGGUGAUCUGGUGGCAAUUGCAAGUGAUACAUCGUUCUACAUACUUAAGUAUAAUCGAGAUGUGGUCUCUGCCCAUUUAGAUAGUGGAAAAUCAGUAGAUGAACAAGGUGUUGAAGAAGCUUUUGAACUUCUUAAUGAGAUCAAUGAACGGGUCAGGACUGGGAUUUGGGUUGGGGAUUGCUUCAUUUACAAUAAUUCUUCCUGGAGACUUAACUAUUGUGUUGGUGGUGAGGUGACCACAAUGUUUCACCUUGAUCGGCCCAUGUACCUACUGGGAUAUCUUGCUAAUCAGAGCAGGGUUUUCCUGAUUGACAAGGAGUUUAAUGUUGUGGGAUAUACUUUACUCCUUGGCUUGAUUGAGUACAAGACACUUGUGAUGCGUGGUGACUGGGACAGAGCAAAUGAGGUCUUACCAUCAAUUCCUAAGGAGCAUCACAACAGCGUUGCUCAUUUCUUGGAAUCACGCGGAAUGAUAGAGGAAGCAUUAGAAGUUGCUACAGACCCUGACUACAGAUUUGAACUAGCUAUACAGCUAGGUAAAUUAGAGAUCGCAAAGGAUGUUGCCGUAGUGGCACAGAGUGAGUCCAAAUGGAAGCAGUUGGGUGACCUAGCCAUGUCAAGUGGAAGGCUUGAGAUGGUAGAGGAGUGUUUGAAGCAUGCAAAUGACUUGAGUGGUUUGUUGCUACUCUAUUCUUCUCUUGGAGAUGCUGAAGGAAUAACUCUACUAGCUUCUUUUGCCAAAGAGCACGGGAAAAACAAUGUUGCAUUCCUUUGCAUGUUCAUGUUGGGUAAAGUGGAGGAGUGCAUUCAGCUGUUGGUUGACAGCAAUCGGAUACCUGAGGCUGCAUUUAUGGCAAGAUCUUAUCUGCCUAGUAAGGUUCCUGAAAUAGUUUCAAUUUGGAGAAAGGACCUCAGUAAGGUUAACCAGAAAGCAGCAGAAGCUUUGGCUGACCCUGAAGAAUAUCCUAACCUGUUUGAGCACUGGCAAAUUGCACACGCUGUUGAAGCUAGAGUUGCGGAGGAAAGGGGUGUCUAUCCACCAGCGGCAGAUUAUGGAAAUUAUGCUGGUAGACCAACUACUAACCUUGUAGAAGCUUUCAGCAACUUGAGAAUGGAUGAAGAACCACAUGAAAAUGGAGAGUUGGAUCAUGAGGCUGCAGAACUGAAUGGUGAUGAGGUGCUAGAACGGGGUGAAGAUGACUUUCAACAGGAGGGCCAAGAAGAACGGGGUGAAGAUGACCUUCAACAAGAGGGCCAAGAAGAGGCUGUUGUGGUGGAUGCCGACUCUACUGAUGGUGCAGUACUCGUUAAUGGAAAUGACGGUGAUGAAGAGUAUGGUACGAAUACUGAAGGAAAACCGUCAGCCUAAAAGCAAUUGGUUGGGUUGGUGUGAAAUCCUAGUUUUGUUGCUGGUGAUUAAUUGAAUUUCUUUAGUUGCUAAAUUU